AUGGCCGACAAGGCCAAGGGCAAGGCCAAAGCUGAGGAGCGGAAGAAGGGCGAGAAGAAAGGUGGCGAGAAGAAAGGUGGCGAGAAGAAAGGCGAGGAGAAGAAAGAGGACGAGAAGAAAGAGGACGAGAAGAAAGACGACGAGAAGAAAGACGACGAGAAGAAAGGCGACGAGAAGGAAGAGGAGGGGGGGGAGGAGCCCCAAAAGACCAAGUCCCCGCAACCCAAGAAUGAGGUGGGCACCCGGAAGAAGUGCCGCCGGUACCGGUGGGAACUCAAGAGCAGCAACAAGGAAUUCUGGGUCAUAGGGCACGGCGAGGUCAAGUUCCUGGCUUUGGGCUGCCUGAUCACCGCGCUGAUCCUGUUUUCGGGCUUGUCGGUGCACCCCGUCCUGACGCUCAUCGUCACCAUGGAGAUGGCCAUCCUCAUCUUCUUCAUAGUCAUCUACUCCUUCGCCAUCAACAGAUACAUGCCCUUCAUCCUGUGGCCUGUGACAAUCUGCACCGGGGUGGCUGCUCUCUUCUCUUUGAUCGAUCUGUGCCUUCAAAGGAAGCACUUUAAGGGCAAACGAGUCAAGAAGAACGUGCUGGUCCCUCCUCCCUCAGCAAAGGAGAAGGCUGGGGGCGAAGAGAAACCGGGUGCCCCUGGCGACAAGGGGAAGCCACCCGCGGAAGGGGACAAAGCAGCGGACAAACCCGACAAACCGGAAAAAGCGGGAAAAGCGGAAAAAGCGGGAAAAGCGAAGAAGUGA